AUGCGAGCUAAUCUGCGAGCGGCUUCAACAGCUCCGGCAUUUUCUGGGUUGGUAGUUGUGAAGGCGUGGCUUCAUUUGGCAGUUGAAACAGAGCUGAAGAACACUUCGCCCCUUCACCUACAAGCACCGAGAAGCCAAAACACGUUUCUUCUCCGCAGAAGUAGGGCAAAUGCAGCAGCUUGGCUUGCAACAAGCUUGUCUCAGUUGUCUCGAGCGGUGCCACUUCGUCUGGCUUUAGCUUCAACGUUUGGUGACGAAAAACAGCUUGAUGAUGGCCUGGCAAAGCGCGAAGAGGAGCCCAAGAAAGUCUCGGACAGGUGGGCAACCAACAUGGAGCGCAGGGCAUGGACAGUGUUAAAUCAGGCCUCAGGUUGCAGGGAUAGACAACUGACACAGACUCCCGUGGCCAGCACCACGCCGUGA